AUGGCACCUCGUGCCGGGGCGAAGAAAGACACACCCAAUAUCAACAAGCUCAUCGCCGAUGCAGAGACGCAAUACGAAGUGGGCAAUCUAGACGAAGCCAUUGCCCUGGCAUCAAAAGCUCUGGAGCUCACCGGCGAGGGCGGUGACUUCGAACUCAAAGCCCUGAACCUGCUGGGCGUCUUGAGCGUGGAGGACGGCGAAGUCGAGGAUGCGCGGGACUACUUCCUGCGAGCCGUCAAGCUGGACGAGGAGGGCACGCUGGACGACAAGAUUGGCGGCGGGCCCGAGAAGUUCCUGUUCCUGGCCCAGCUGAGCGAGGAGGGCGGCCAGGACAGCGUGCAGUGGUUCGAGCGCGGCGCGGCGGCGCUGCGGAAGCAGAUCCAGGCGCUCAACGACGCGACAGCGGCGGGCCGGCGGACGCCGGAGCAGCAGAGCCGGCUGGACGAGCUGCAGAGCAAGCUGGGCGGGGUGCUGUGCGCCGUGGCGGAGGUGUACAUGACGGACCUGUCGUGGGAGGCGGACGCGGAGCAGCGGUGCGAGGCGCUCGUGACGGAGGCGAUGCUCAUCGCGCCCGACUGCGCCGAGACGUGGCAGACGGUGGCCAACGUGCGCAUUUCGCAGCAGCGGCUGGACGAGGCGCGGGCCGCGCUCAAGCGGAGCCUGGAGCUGUGGCAGGACCUGCCGCCCGAGCACCCUUCCGUGCCCGAGUUCCCGACGAGGGUCAGCCUGGCGCGGCUGCUGAUGGAGACGGAGAUGGAGGAGCAGGCGCUCGGGGUGCUGGAGCGGCUGGUCACGGACGACGAUUCCAGCGUCGAGGUGUGGUAUCUGGGGGGCUGGUGCUUGUAUGUCGCGGGCGAGAAGCUGCGCGAGGCGGCGGCGAAGCCCCAGCAGCAGCGGCAGCAGCAGCAGCAGAAUGGCGAAGGGGGGGAGGAGGAUGCUGAGAAGGAGUGGAAGGCCACGUGGGGGUAUGCGAGGAAGUGGCUGUCUCAGUCGUUGAAGCUGUACGAGCUGCAGGAGUAUGAGGAUGACAGGCUGGGCGAGCACGCGAGGGAGUUGCUGGAGAGCAUCAACAAGGAGCUUGGGGAGCCGCCGGAAGGGGAGGAUGAUGAUGAGUGGUCCGGGAUUAGCGAUGAUGAGGGUGAUGAGGAUGAGGAUCACGAGCACGGUGAGGAUUGCGAUCACGAUCAUGAGAUGCACGAUUAG